AGGCGUGGUUAGUUUAUGAUAACGGAAGUCAUCAGUAAAUCAGCUGCUGUUUGUGUUUGGAACAAAGCUUUUACGGACAUUAACUGGAAAUAUGUUUGACUUUUGACGAGGAAAUAUUUUGUCGUGAGCACGCGCUCCCGCCUCAUCUCCUCAUGGAUUCUUUGGCCCAGGAGAUCCAGUUUUUCUCUAAGUCUCGGCUGAAGAAGCAGAGCACAUGUGUGACCACUGCGACGGGUCAGAGGCUGCUGGAGACCCGGGGUGACGAGGGCGAGGUGCACGUGCAGCCGCUGGACCAGGGCUGUGGGAUGGUGGUGGACCACAGUCUGGACCUGCAGGUUGGAGUGGUCAGACCAUUUCUGCUGCUUGCGUCUCAGGAUGCAGCCCACGACAUGGAGACCCUUCGCACACAUCAGGUGACUCAUGUUUUGAAUGUGGCUUAUGGCGUCUCAAAUCCAUUUCCAAACCAGCUCAUCUACAAGACACUGCCCAUUCUGGACGUCCCAGACACAGACAUCACCUCUUAUCUGGACGAGUGCAGCGUGUUCAUCGAUCAGGCCCGAGAGCAGAGCGGCGUGGUGCUGGUUCACUGUAACGCUGGAGUGUCUCGCUCUGCGUCCAUCGUGAUCGGAUACUUGAUGUCCAGGGAGAGACUGUCCUUCAGUGAGGCCCACAGAGAGGUCCAGUCUGCGAGGCCUUCGGUCAGGCCCAACACUGGGUUUUACCAACAGCUACAGCGCUACAGGCCUCAGAUGGUCACUGUGGGUCAGGAGGGACUGGUGUAGAGACACUGACCACGCCCCACUGUGGUCACUGUGAUCUGGACAGUGCUGUGUUUGUCUCCGAGGACACUGCAGGUUUAACCAUCUGCUUUAAAGUUUCACUGUGUAACUUUUCUGUUAUUGCUUUGCCAAACUAAGUGACCAAACCAUGUUACAAGUCAGAGCUGUGGAGAGGCGACCCCACUCACAUGAAGAAUGUGAAACCCUAACCCUCCAUCAGGAAAGUUCCAUAAUGUAUCUUUAAUUUGAAGGAGUUGACCUUUGGCUGAGACUUGGUCUUUAGAGCUGCUCUUCAAACUCCAGAAGGAAAGAAAUUCAUUCUUUUUCUCCACAGCUUCAGGUUGUGUCCAUUUUAAAGUGUUUUCCUGUUGAUUUUGUGCAUCAUGUUUCAUUUUCUCCAAUAAGACAAACUUUAAUAUGAAAUAUCACUGUUCAUGUUCUUCAGUCAAACACAGAAAUGACAUUUACAGGUUUAGUUUUUCUACAUUAGCUGCUUUUCUGUUUGACUGUUUGAUCCUGUGACUCUGUUAUUUUGAACAGAACUGUGGAACUUGCAUUUACUCUGUAGUUCACUCAGUUUGACUCACUCACUUUUGAAUAUAUGAGGUCACAGGUGUAAAAUGAGGAAACAUCCUGUGAAACUCUGACUCUGUUUAAGGUGGUGUCUGUGGUUUAUCAUCUGUAUGAGAUAAAAUAUGUUAAAUAAUCGUCCACACGCUGUUUCACUCUUCAGAGAAGCACAAGGAGCCUCUGGGCUCACACUGUGUCUCCACCAGGGGGCGCCAGGCUCCUGGGAAUGAUGCGCUGGAGGAGAGAGUGCAGGAGGAGAGGGAUGGAGGAGAGGGAGGAGGAGAGGGAGGAGGAGAGGUGGUAUGAGGCGUCAGGGGGAUGGGGGUAAAGUCACAGUCCGGAGGAUUCACUCAGAGCCGCACGUGGCUGUGCGCGCCACAGGAGGCGCGUGGACGAGCGCGCCACAGACAGUGAAAAACAGACACAACUCCAGGAGUUUACACGUGGAGGUACGGAGCGCGUGGUCACUCCUGUGGUCACUCCUGUGGUCACUCCUGUGGUCACUCCGCGCGGUCCGGUCACGCGCCGUGGUCAUGGCGUGUUACU